CGGACUGCGGUGCCGCGGCUCAGCGCAGGGCUGCGCAGUCUCUGCGCGGCGCAGAACUGAUACCCGCUGGGGUGCGGGCUGAGGCCGGGCGGGAGUCCAGCCAGAGCCCAGCCUGGGGUGGGCCCUGGGGGUCUGGGGAUCCGAGAGCAGCGGAGAACAGUCAUGGCGCCGCACAGAACUCGGGAAGGAGACUCUGCAGGAAGCUCGGCGCUGAGUAGCUAGGCCGGUCCAGAGUGCGGGCGGCAGCUGAGGUAGCUGCUUCCGCGCCCCGCGCCCUCGCAGGCCCCGAGCGCAGUCUGCUGGCGAUGGUGACACAUGCGGCGACGGCGGCGCGCCGGCGGUGGGACCAUGGUUGAGCGCGCCAGCAAGUUCGUGCUGGUGGUGGCGGGCUCGGUGUGCUUCAUGCUCAUCCUGUACCAGUACGCAGGCCCGGGGCUGAGCCUGGGCGCGCCCGGCGGCCGCGGGCCGCCCGACGAUCUGGACCUCUUCCCCACGCCCGAUCCGCACUACGAAAAGAAGUACUACUUCCCGGUGCGCGAACUGGAACGCUCGCUGCGCUUCGACAUGAAGGGCGACGACGUGAUCGUCUUCCUGCACAUACAGAAGACGGGCGGUACCACCUUCGGCCGCCACCUAGUGCAGAACGUGCGCCUGGAGGUGCCCUGCGACUGCCGGCCUGGCCAAAAGAAGUGCACCUGCUACCGGCCCAACCGCCGCGAAACCUGGCUCUUCUCCCGCUUCUCUACCGGUUGGAGCUGUGGGCUGCACGCAGACUGGACGGAGCUCACUAACUGCGUGCCCGGCGUGCUAGACCGCCGCGACCCCGCCGCGCUGCCCACGCACAGGAAAUUCUACUACAUCACCCUGCUGCGAGACCCUGUGUCCCGCUACCUGAGUGAGUGGCGACACGUGCAGCGUGGGGCCACAUGGAAGACCUCUCUGCAUAUGUGUGACGGGCGCACACCCACACCCGAGGAGCUGCCAUCCUGCUAUGAGGGCACAGACUGGUCUGGCUGCACACUGCAGGAGUUCAUGGACUGCCCCUACAACCUGGCCAACAAUCGCCAGGUACGCAUGCUGGCUGACCUGAGCCUGGUGGGCUGCUACAACCUGUCCUUCAUCCCUGAGGGCAAGCGGGCCCAGCUACUCCUGGAGAGUGCCAAAAAGAACCUGCGGGGCAUGGCCUUCUUUGGCCUGACAGAGUUCCAGCGCAAGACACAGUACCUGUUCGAGCGGACGUUCAACCUCAAGUUCAUCCGACCCUUCAUGCAGUACAACAGCACCAGGGCAGGUGGCGUGGAGGUAGACGAGGACACCAUCCGGCGUAUCGAGGAGCUCAAUGACCUGGACAUGCAGCUCUACGACUAUGCCAAGGACCUGUUCCAGCAGCGCUACCAGUACAAGCGGCAGCUGGAGCGCAGGGAGCAGCGCCUCCGAAGCCGCGAGGAGCGUCUGCUGCACCGAGCCAAAGAAGCGCUGCCACAGGAGGACACCGAGGAGCCAGGCCGGGUUCCCACGGAGGAUUACAUGAGCCACAUCAUCGAGAAGUGGUAGUGGCAGCCCCAGGGGAACCCCUCAGGGGCAGUCAGGGGAGGGGAGGUGAAGUGAGACAGACAGAUGGCUCACAAGGGGCUGCCUGCCCAGUACUCCAAUAGGAAGAGCCUCAGACCUGCUUACCAGCGGGUGGGUGCAUCUUGAACAAAGACCAGGGAUAGUCAGUGCUAGCCCAGUGGGACUGGUUCUCAUGGUUUCUCCCAGGCCUGGGGUCUGAGAAACCAACCUGUAUCAUCCACUGGCUAAGAAGAAAAUGUUCUUGAAGGAUGCCCCUCUUGUGGCUACACAGGUCAGGUGCAAGUGCCAUCCCUGCUCUCCUGGCCCCCACCUCACUGUCAAAACAGCUGAAAGUUUGAAGACAAAAAGACGAGCUGAGAGUGGGAAGUAGCCCUGCCAGACCAGGAGUAUGUUCCACGCCCACUACAUACAUACCCACUCUCCUCGCAUAGGCCAGUGGGAGGUUCAUCAGGCUAAAGCGAUCCCAGUGGCCCCUCAGCCUCCAUUGGCCCCAGUGCACCAGACCUAUUUGAAGUCCCCCCUCCCUGGGAAUGCAGCAGCCCUUUGAGGUGUCAGGAAUGGAGCUCCGCACCUGCCCAUCUUUAGGGUCAGGACUACCCGUCUGAAGCCAAGAAGACUAGUCUAGUCUCUGGGAAGUUUCUUCCUCUCUCUGGCUUCCUGCUUUGGGUCAGGAGAAUAGGACAUCCCUCCUGGAUCCCCACUCCCUUUUCCAAAGUCAUCAGACUGAGGAGACUGGGGAAUGCCUCCAGGAGUGGGAAGGCUGAGUCUGAGCUGGCCUUUGGGGUGACCACCCAGUCAUCAGCUCAGGCAGUAAGGGGGAUCAUAACUGCAGCCCCCCUGCCCUGUUCUCCUUUAUAACUGCUGGGACUUGUUAGUAGACUGCCCUGCCCUAAGCCCACCACUUGUACACUUAUUAAGAGCCCCUACCCCACUGCUCCCACUAUCCCAUGUACAAAAUUCCAGUUAAGCCUCCAUUGGUAGACCACAGCUGCUGCCCAUGAGCCAUACCUCGAGGCCAUGGUGAUUCUGGAUGGCCAGGAAAGGGAGCUAGGGCUUUCAGAUUCUCAGCUAGGGUUAGAGGAAGUGGUUUUAGGCAGCUGGCUCCCUGAUACCCACAUUCACAGCCCUCCCUACCCUGGGCUCUCCUUGCAUUUCCCUGCCCCACCCCCAUCCCCCAAAGCUCACCAGGCCCUGUUUCCAGCAGCCCUGCAGAUUGCAGGAGUUGAGUGUGAGCCCCACACUGAGGUAGACAGGUGCCCCAUCUCUCCAGAAAGGAAAGGACAUAUGCCCAGAGGCCGUAGGCCUGCCUCAAGGAGGGCAAUAAGGGUCAUAGGCCUCACAGGCAGUUCCUGCCAGUGGUUCCGUGCCCCAACAGUCCCACCAGAGAGUAAGGAUUGGGAGAACAAGGAACCUUCUGUAGCACAGGAAAAGCUAAGUUGUUGUCAGAUGAGAUGGCUGCCCAGCAGAAAGUGUCUUUAGUCUUUCGUUGUCUAGCUUUAUUCCUUUCAGCUUUUUACUCUGACUGACCACUUCAUCUUGUAGUCCAAAGGCAGAGCAGUCAGAAGGUCAGGAUGGGUAUUGUGCCAGCCCAACUCAGGACCAUCCCCAGGAGUGGGUGCAUCAUGCUGAGGACACAAGCACCCAUUUUAAUGACUUUUAAAGGGAGGCGAAGGACAUGUGGAGGAGGAGGGUGUGUGUCUUCUGUGAUGCUCAGCACUUGGGGCAUUCACGCUCCAGGCAGGACAUGUUGAUAAGAGCUCAAGAGGUGGCCAAGUCCAGGGUAUGAGUCUGCCUGAGGCCUUGCAAUAGGUUUCCUGAGUGUGCGAGCCUGAGCGUAGGAUCUGUUCUGUAUAUAUUGGAAUGUUUUAACUUACAACCUGUUCCAGUUUGCUUGGAAACACGGGUCUCUCCUAAGUUUCUUUGCUGCAUCUGGAAAGAAGUCCUGUCUUGGGCCAGCACGAAGACUGAGAUGUCCAGAGACAUACCAGUUGGCAGUUCUCCGUUACCCCUUCAGUCUCAUCUGGCACGUCCCAUGGAGGCCACCUGCUUUGGGGGGAAGUUUCCUUGUGCCUACAUUGUCUCCGUCAUUGCCAAGGGCCGGGCUCCACAGAUGACAUGGGGUGGGCCCCACUCAGGGGCUCUUACCAGGGCUUAGAGUACAGAAGCAAACAUGCAGUGAGUAAACCACUCACUCCCUACACAGUCCUGCAGUGUCCUUUCCCAGGGAAGGAACCAGGGACGACAGAACUGUCCAAGUCUGUAAACUUUUGGGGAACUGGAAGUGUUUAAUUUGAACCCAGGAGCAUUUAAAGCUUUAUUUAUUUAUAGCUUCUUAUUAAAAAAAAUGUUGAGAAAAAAUCUUUUGGUUAUUCAUACAAAAAAAUGAGUUGAUGGAAAACAAGUUAUAAUCAUCUAAUUGUUUUUGUCUAGGGCAAGAAUGAAUGUUAGCCAAUGAAAUAAACCCUGAAAAGGA